CCUCCACGACUUUUAUCGAUGUUUAUUCAAAUUUCCAAGAUUUCACAAAUUUCGUCGAUAAUAUAUUUCAAAGAUUUCCAAGAUCUUCACCUUCGUUUUCCAAGAUUUUUCGAGGAGACAAAGAAAGAUCUUUGGAAAAUUGGAAAUGAACAUAUCACGUCAAUGCCAGUAUUUCCAAGAAACCAGUGAAAAUCAAUUAUUUUCAAUAAGGCAAGGUCGAAGUUCAGCGGAUUCCGAUAGUUCCAAGAACAACUUUCCGCGUCUGUCGCAACAAGUUCAAAUCCCAUGACCAUUCCAGAGUAAACGGAAGGGAUAAAGAAGAGGAAGAGGUUUUCUUUCUUUUCGUCGAGGUCUGAAGGAUUCCCCUCGGCCCCUCGUUUUUUCGAUGUCGCCACGACGAUGGGAAGAAAAUCGGAGAACGAGAACGGAUAGAACGAGUCGCUGCUAAUGAACGAAUAAAAAGAAGAGGAGAAGUGAGUUGUAUUCGAAUGGCUGGCUCGGAUAAGGAGCCCUCCUCAUGCGUUUAAUCGUUCCAGACAGUGGAGCGACGAUUGGCAUAUGCAAAUCUAGUGGCACAGAGUUUCAACAAUAUAGAAAUGUGGUGACCAGUCAACUUUCGAUGGGGCCAAUACAAGGCAGUGGUAAACAUUGGCUUCAUUCAUCUUGUCCAACUUGUGAUAAAAAAGUCAACGACUUGAAUCGAAAUUUUCACAUCAAAAUCUGGAAAAAUAUCGUUCGAUUAGUACAAAUCGAUGAAUAAUUUGUAAUUGAUUGAAUGAGAAGAAGAAAAUUUCCAUGUAUAAACACGAUGAAUGAUAUCACAAUUGUAAUUGUACGCACUUCGUUCUGUAUUUCACUGUCCAAGAAAAUGUCACAUCGAGGAAGCACAUAAACACGAUACAAAAUGGACGAUUCUGUAACAAACGACACAAUUUUCGAAUCCGGAGGUGAGAGUCUCAAGCACUUUCCACGGCCAGUCACUAUCGCAGCUGCGGUUUGCGCGAUAAUUUUCAGUGUCGUUGGAGUUGCGGGCAAUUUGGUAACAGUAAUAGCAUUAUUAAAAUACACGAGGCUGAGACGGCAUGCUACGACCGCUUUCGUAAUAAGUCUCAGCAUUUCUGACUUGAUUUUUUCCGCGGUAAAUCUACCAUUAACUGCGAGCAGAUAUUUAAACGAGGCGUGGGUGCUGGGUGAAACUCUGUGCAAAAUAUUUCCGCUCUUUUUCUAUGGAAAUGUCGCGGUAUCUUUGCUCAGUAUGGUGGCAAUCACGAUUAAUCGAUAUAUAUUAAUCUCGAGAUCAGAAAUAUACGCUCAAUUGUACACCACUCAACGAAUCAUUUUAAUGCUAAUCGCCAUUUGGACAUUGAGUUUCACUUUACUUUUGCCGCCAUUGCUCGGUUUCUGGGGAACACUAGGCUUGGAACCGUCCACCUUCUCUUGCACUAUACUAAAGAAGAACGGUAGCAGCCCAAAGAAAUUCUUAUUCGUUCUAGGAUUCAUCGUGCCAUGCGUUGUGAUAAGUGUUUCUUAUUUUUGCAUCUAUUGGCGUGUGAGGAAGAGCAGAAAAAAUUUGGAAGCCCAUGCCGGCCCGAACAGAAGAAAAGCAGGAGGGUUUCAACGAAGAGAGGAUUCUAGAGUGACCAGAUUAAUGUUGACUAUAUUUCUGUGCUUCCUUUUGUGUUUCAUGCCGCUCAUGCUCGUCAAUGUGAUCGACGAUAAAAUAAAAAUCCCAAUUUUGCACGUGAUAGCUUCUGUGCUCGCGUGGGCUUCUUCUGUGAUCAAUCCUUUCAUUUAUGCCGGCACUAACAAGCUUUACAGAGAGGCUUAUAAGCAGAUUUUGUGUCCAGUCUCUGCUAAAAUACCAACUACCGGGCCGAAACCUACCCACUCGCAUUCGAGUAAAGUAUCAUCGCCACAAGCGACUUGAAACUUUAUGAUUUUAUUCGUUUUGGUGAUGUUAUACUGUAAAUAAUGCGUAUAUAAUGAAAAUUAAUUGAGAUGAAAAAUUGCUAAUAUUUUUAUUAUAUAUAUAUGAAUUAUUCAAAAUAAAAAUAAAAAU